AAAAAUAACUUAACUGAAAUUAAAGGUUAAUGAAAAUGUGUGAUACUUUGGUGUCGAAUACGACCAAAGUAUCUUCUGCUUGUCGUAAGAGGCGACCGAAAGAAGAGACGUUGCGUCGCGGGUUGCCUGCGUCUCGGUUUUUGAAUGAGCGUCGCCGACUCACUUGGAUCAAUUAAUUACGCGAGACCGGCGGAUGCGAAUUGAUUAGCACCAAUCGGAGCGUGACGAUAACAGAACGCGGGUUGCAUACGGAUCGGUGUUUACUCUUCGCACAAGGUCCGGUCAUAUGUUUCCAUUGUCGGCCUUUUAAUUGACCCCCAUAACCUAGAAAUUAAAGGUCCAGUUUGAAUUUGAAUCUGUUCGAGACGGGGUAUAUGAGAUAAAUGCUGCUGAGUCCAAUGAUUAAAAGGUUCUUCUCGACUGGUGGUGUCCACCUGAAGCAAGUCACCUUCCGGAAUCUCAGGGGGAAGAAGGUCAGCUCGCAGCAGUGGCUCGCCAGGCAGCUGACGGAUCCGUACAUAGAGAAGGCUCGUAUGAUGAAUUUCAGAUGUCGGAGUGCCUUCAAGUUGACUGAAAUAGAUGACAGGUUCAGGAUACUGCAGCCCGGAUUCAACGUGAUCGAUUGCGGGGCUGCGCCCGGUUCGUGGACGCAGGUGGCUGUGAACAGAGUGAACGCCAAUGGGAAGAAGCAUGACGAUCGGAGAGGGAAGGUGAUCAGUGUGGACAGAAAUAACUUUCAUCCCAUCGAUGGGGCUAUAAUAUUGGGCAAUUCGGACUUCACGAGCGCCGAGACGCAGGAGAAGAUAAAGGUGUACUUGGGGCAGGAGCGCGUCGACGUCGUCCUCUCGGAUAUGGCACCUAAUGCGACCGGCAUCCGCGAGAUGGACGUGGAGAACAUCCUGAACCUGUGCUACAGCACGCUUCGAUUCGCGCUGCAGGUGUCGCGCACCGGAGCGUCUCUGAUCGUGAAGCUGUGGCAGUGCAAGGAGUCCAAGCAGCUGGAGGACGACAUUUCGAAGUACUACGAGGACGUCCGCGUGAUGAAACCGAACGCCAGCCGGACGGACAGCGCGGAGAUAUUUCUGAUGGCUAGGGAGUUCAAAGGGGUGGUUGCACCAUGACCGGCAGUAGUAGUAGUAGUGUAUAAAUAUUCUAUUCAUUAAUUAUCUCCACAAUUCUCUGAUAAACAUUCUCUUCCCUUUUCUCUUCUCUCACGCAUACACACUUUUUCUUUUCUCUCCUUAAACAAAAAAGAAACGAAAAAAAAAAAAAA